CCACAUUCAAAAUUUGUGCGUGGAACCCAAAGGACGUUCCUCUCCGUGCUCGCUGGCUCGCUCGCUCGCGUCUCUCGUUCGCUCUCUCUGCGUUUGUUCGCGCCACCCACCCCCAAGGAGCUGAGGUUACACAGUUACACAGUUACAGUUACAGUUACGUUGGAGCAACUGCGGUUACAGCUCGAGUUACCGUUAGUUCUGCAGUGACGUCAAAGGCCGUCGAGUGUGUGUGCCCGGCCAGUGCUCGUGCGAAAAGUGUCGCCCAAAUGUCUGCCAACAAUCAUCACCAAGUGGAGCCCGCCGCCGCGGUGGCCGCUUCCCAGAAAUCCGCCUCCUCGGAAUACCUGAAGCGCACCUGCCUCAUCUGUGGCUGCCACACGAACCAGACCAUCAAUAUCUAUGAGCCGCGCUCCGGCCCCAACAUUGUGCAGUUGAUUCAGGCGAAAUUCAAGUUCCAGCCCCUCAAUGAGGACAAGUUUCUGUGCUUCAGCUGCAACAAUUGGCUCAUCAAUUGGCACUCGCUGCAGGCGCUGAACAGCAACGACGCCGACAGCCAGAGCCAAAGCCCCUCCGCCCAAAUGGGCAACAACAGCAGCGGCAGCCUCCUGCCGCAGGAGCGAGCGCGUCCCAUGGGUCGUCCGGUGGCCUAUGUGCAGCCACAGGUGCGCGCCAUUGCCAGGGUGCAGCCACAGGCCCAGCGACAACUGCAGCCCCAGUUCCAGCCACAACCUUUGGUACGGAUCCAGCCGCAGUCGCAGUUCCAGCAACAGCCGCAGAUCCGCGUGCAGCCACAGACGGCGUUCCAGCCUCAGCCGCAACAGCAGCGAGUGCGCAUCCAGCCCCAAGCCUCAUCCUCAUCCUCAACCCCAUCCCAGCCAAGGAUUCGCGUGCAGUCGCGGCUACGCGUGCAGCCUCGUCUCCGCGUCCACAACCCCUCACAGCCCCGCGGCAAUGUCAACCUGGCACCAGCGGCCAUCACCUACCGCAAGAGGAGCAGCAGCAGCCGGGGCUUUGGGUCCGCCGAUGGCAUGAGCAAGAUCCUCCGCCAGUGCUACCUGGAGAGCGUCAAGUUCUGGUCGCAGCCAAAGAAAAUAACGCAGCAGUCGCUGAACGACCAUCUGCGGCAGUUCCAGGAGAAGAGCAAUCUGCUGGGCAAGGUGCAGGGAGUGGCACCACGAAGGAAACAAGCGGCGGCCAGGGACACACCAGCAGCUGUUGCCCAGUUCCCCAACAAGGAGGAGGCUCCGGCACUGGCUCCUGCCUGCCCUGCAGCGCCUCCCACCCCGCCGACUCACCAAAGAUUCGCUCAGCCGAGUGUCGAUGGCAAGGUGGUGGCCAUGUUCCGACGAUUGGGCACCACGCUCAGCCGGGAGAGCUCAGUGGAUGGGGCGCAGCCAGCAGAGUCCUCAGCACCCACCACCUCAACCGCAACCGCAACAGCAAAGCCCCGCCCUCCGCAGAUCAUGAGCCCCAGCAAGCAGCGUCCGCGCUGGACGCGAACCCUGGACGAUGAUGAGGUCCUGCUGGAAUUCGAUAGCGUCAUUUCCGAGGUGCUGCCAGUGGCGUCAUCGCCGACAACAUCCUCACCACCGAGCACCGCAGCCAGGCGGUGCCUCAGCUAUCCAAUUACCAAUGAAAGGGAGCAGCAGGGGGAGGAGGAGGAGGAGGAGGAGCAGCAAGGGGAGGGUGUCAACGAGUUGGAGGAAAUGGAAGUGCUGCAGGAAGAGGAAGUGCACGACGAUGAAGAGGAAGUUUCCCACGGAGCAACCCUGGAGCAGUCGGGCCUGCGGCUGCCCCGCGGCCUCAGCAUUAGCCUGAUCUAAGGGGGAGCUCCCCCCUCAAAUGAAUAGUCAAAUUGAAUGCACAGAGAAAGCAUUACAUUACCAUAUUAGGCAUUAGCUAACGAAUGUCUUUAUCUAUUAGUACCUUGAAUUAUUUUAAUUGUUAGUCCAAAUAUCGUAUAUUAGCGCCUGACAAACAAAAACACAACAUAAAAGCAUACCUAAGAAUGUUAAGUUAAUGACGUGGAAAAGCUCUAUAUUUGAAAUAUAUUAGUGUUAAUCAACCCAACCAUUCCCCCCCACCACUCCCAACUCCACAGCCACCCCGCCACAUGCCAAUUUGUAGUUGAAUUUGUGUCUUUGCUCCAAAAAAAAAAAACGUAUUACAAAA